AACAUCGUUACCACAUUCUUCAGUUCUUCUAUCUUCACUGGGCUUAGUUUUCAAAUCGUUUUCGUUUCAUAGUAACUGGCUACAAAGAAACUAUUUCUAUACUCUCUCUUUCCUUUAGCUUUUCUUAACAUUUCUUCGUAUUCUUCUUUCAGUUUCCCUUGCUUCGAGAGACCACAGUCAAAAGAUUUCUGUCAAGAUGGCGGAUGCUAGCCCCAAAGACUUGGAAAUAGUGGAAGUAGUGGAGCUGAUCGAGGAAGAUAAGGAAAUCCUUACAAACGGGGAAGAGACAGAACAAAUAUUGCCUGAGCUAACUGUAGAAGACACAGCGGAGGAUACUAAUGACCCAACGCCUGAAAGCCAACCAGAAGACAGUCAGUCAAGCGACAGGGAGGUGAAUGAAAAUGGGGAAGAGAACAAUAAUGAGGAGGGAGAUAGCAAUAAGGGGGAUGAUAAUACAGGGGCCAGUACUAGUAACGGUAAUAAUAAAAAGCCUGAUGACUGUGAACUCAGUGAAGUUGAUUUCACUGUUGGAAAGUCUGACACUAGUUCUACUGAUGCCAAGUCGAUUCGUUCGCGAGUUUUCAUUGGCCACUUAAACACUAGCAGAGCUUCACGUCAAGAUUUACUUAAGCUUUUCGGUGAGUGCGGUAAAGUGGUGGCUAUAUCAAUUCUUGAUGGCUACGGGUUUGUUCAGUUUGACAGUGAAGAGAGUGCACGAAAAUCAAUUAGAAAAAUACACGGGAAGUCAUUGCACGGCAUGAAAUUAGUGGUAGACAAGCCAGCAGCAUGGAAGAAGCUUGAGGGAGAAAAACUUGACGAAACCAGGCCAUGGCCUUCAAGAUCAAGUCGCGACGAUGAUGAUCGUCACCAUCGUCAUCGCCACCACCGCAGCGAGAGGAGCGAAAGGAGACGAGACCGCGAACGAAGGAGAGACAGUGACUCCCAUCGUCACCACAGUCACCAUAGUCGCUACUAUGAUGACAUACCACCGCGCUACCACGAUCCUUACUACGAACGAUAUUUAGAGAUAAGGUACAUGGAGGAAAGACUCGCUGAAAGAUAUCGUGCCUCUGAAGCCGAUCGCUAUUAUGAAAGAUACCCUCCACCUUCUGGUAGAUACCCUCCCCCUCCUCCUUCAGAGUAUUAUAGACAAGAAGGAGCUUAUAGGACAGGAGGGGAUUAUAGAGAGCAGGCAAGAGGAACUGGUGCUGGGUAUUACCCUGAAUAUGAACAGUCCUUAAUGUCGCAUUAUGAUAGACCAAGAGAUGAUGAAUAUGAUAGACGCAGGCCAUUUGAUAGCUACUACCAUUAAUCAGGCUUCUUCUUCAAUAUUGUAUUAAUUAAAGGUUUUUUUCUCUAAACUCUCUCUUAAGCUUUCAACUAAUGUUGCUGGACUCACAUUCAACAUUUCAUUCUAAUAAUAAUUGUUUCGUUUAAGGCUUCUUUUCUUAUACAUACGUACCUAAGCUUCAUUUGUUUCAUGUUUCGUGUAAUGAUAACAUAGCCUGAA